AUGGUGGUGGCAUCGGCCCUGCUGCUCCUCCUCUGUGCCCCGCGCGCGGAAGCCCAGCCGCUGCCACACCUGCGCAUCGCCGGCUCGUCCACGGUGAAGCCCGUGGCGGAGCAGUGGCAGAAUGCGUUGCUCCUGAACUACUCGAUCACGCUCGAGGGGGGCGGCUCGAGCACGGGGGCGCGGCGCGUGUGUCUGCCACCGAGCGACCCGGAGCACGUGGACAUCGGCGACAUGUCUCGCGAGUGGAAGACCUCCGAAGCGCAGCUGCUGGACGACGGGUACACGUACGAGUGCCUCGAGAGCGGCAACCGCGUCACGCAGAUCAUGGUGGCCAUCGACGGCCUGGCAGUGGCCGUCAAGAGGGACAGCGCGGCUCACGCGUGCAUCGAGGCCAUCGGGGGCCUGACGCUCGCACAGCUGCGCUGGGUCUUCUCCGACUGGAGCGAUGCCGAGCUGGAGGCGGACGGCGUAUCCAUCGAGUCGUGCGUGCCCAACAUGGACGACGACGCUGUCAAGGAGUGGAGCGACCUGGACGCCAGGUGCGAGGAGACGCCGAUCAACCCCUACGGCGCCGGCGACCAGUCUGGCACCCACGACUUCUUCGGGGAGACGGUCCUGGGCGACUUCGGGGGGGCAGAGGGCUUCCCGGACUGCGACGCCGACGAUAUGCAUUAUCUUGAAGGUCUCGACGAGGAUGCUGCGGACCUCUACAUUCAGUCUCAGCGGACUCCGAAUUGCGUCAUGCCCUCGGAGGAUGACCAUCUCCUGCUGCAGUGGCUGCUCGCAGACACAGGUGGGCAGGGAUGGGGCGGGACGGGGGGGAGGGGGCAGGGGACGGACCGGGACCGCAGGGGGCAUCGCAUAUUUCGGGUACGCUUACUUCGCCCAGUUCACCGACACGGUCGCUGCCAUUGCGAUCGCGAAGGACACGGAAUUGGGGGUGUUAGACACGCUCUUGGCCAAAAUUGUACCCGAUAG